CUCACGCCACCCCCCGCCCCCGGCGAUCGCUCUCGCCGCGCUCGCCGCCAAGCUCUCGCCACCCCGGCCCCGGGCCGCGCCGAGCCACACGCCACCGUGCCACUUGCGCGCGGGCGUGCCGAAGCUUCGUCGUCAUCACUCCGUAGACCCAUGCCCCUCCGCCACAAAUAGUGGUAGCCGUGCGCGAGCGUGCAGGUCGAUCGUCGCCGGCGGGGAGCAAUGGCAGCGCAGGAGGGCGCGGCGGGCGGGAGCCAGCAGGUGGUGAUGCGGUGGCGGUACGGGGACGUGGGCGACAGCAACUUCGCGGUGCACGGCCGCGCCGUGCCGCUGCUCGUGGGCCUGCUCUGCGCGGUCGUCUUCUUCGUCGCGCUCUGCCUCUACCUCCGCUGGCGGUGCCACCGGUACACGCCCGACCCGGAGGCGGGCGCGUCGUCGUCGUCCGCGGCAGCGGCGGCCACGGCUUCGAUGCCCGGCCUCGACGCCGACGCCAUCCGCGGGCUGCCCGUCACGCUGUACCGCCCGCCCCCGUCGGCGCUGCCCCCUCGCCUCCCGGGUAAAGGCGACGACGGCGUGGACGGCAACGAGGAGGUCGACGACCACGCUGCGGCGCUGUGCUCGAUCUGCAUCAGCGCGCUGGUGGCCGGCGAGAAGGUGAAGGUGCUUCCGCCCUGCGGCCACUGCUUCCACCCCGACUGCGUCGACGCCUGGCUCCGGUCCCAGGCCAGCUGCCCGCUCUGCCGGUGCCUCCUCCUCGCCGCCACAUCCAAGCCCGCCGCCGUCAACGGAAGCGACGACGCCGUGUGACUGAAUAAUGGACACUUGACAAAACAAAAGUAUCCUCCUAUGGCAAGCGGGCCCCAGCUGUCAGCGUCCCCCCCAGACCAAGACCCGGCCUUUGAAUCAGCGCGCCAUUUAAUGAUGGCCGCCAUGACCGCAUCAGAUCUACUCGUCGUAAGUGCGCUUGUUUUGGGCCUGGUCACCAAUGGCGUCGGAAAAUGCAGUUGCCUGUGCAGGCUGCCCUCCCCGGAGUUCUUUGGAGCAUGGGUGGGGCCACUCAGUCACCUGACCCCGCCGGCCGCUUUCCUACUAGCUACUAGUACGGAGUAGCUUUCUCCGAUCAAGGCUCUCCAAUGCAAGGGAAAAGUGGUGUAAGCUGUACAUAGCUUUUGAGUGUUUAUAAGCAGAGGGAAUUUAACGUAUGCGGUGGUGGUUCAGGUGGAAUCUGUGUUAGCGUAACAGCAGCACUGAUACGGGCAAAGCAGCCCUUUAAUUAGUUCGCAAGCUCUCUAGUGUACUAUGUUAUGUUGCACCCCUUUUUGUUUUGAUUCCACGGAGCGCAGCCCAUACACGUAUACCUUUUGUAAAAGUGGUGUUUGCAAAUAUCUCGAUUAUAUGUAAGCUAAAUACAUCGGCGGUAUUGUUAGCGUUGUGUAAUCCUAGGAGUUCUAGCCUAGCUCGGUUGAUUAAGGGUUCAAACCAUAACAAUUCAAGUUCUCGUUGAGACGGAUUUUGAUGUAUA